UAAGUUUGCUUGCCGUCUGAGAAAAGAUAUGAAGGGCGCGGCUUUGGCGGUAGCGGCGGCGGCGGCAAUGGCCUUGAUAGCGCUCAUGGCGAGCCCUGUGGAGGGCAUCACUUGCCCACAAGUGCGAAAGUCUCUCGGCCCUUGCGCAUCGUACCUCACCAAAGGAGGGGACCCCGGGUCGGCGUGCUGCGACGGGGUGAGAGGCCUGAAGAACAGCACCCCGUACCCUGCCGACAGGCGUGCCGCCUGCGUGUGCAUCAAGCAACUCGCCAGCCAGUCCCACAACAUCAAGGCGGACGCCGCCGCCACGCUGCCCGGAAAAUGCGGUGUCUCAAUCGGCGUCCCCAUCCGCGCGGACGUAGAUUGCAACCGCAUUUCUUGAAAGAGGAAGGUCUGAGGGAAUGGAUAAGAAGGAGCAGGGGUGGCGUCGAUGACUACUCCUAGCUCUGAUAGUUAGUGCUUAGUGAUGUUUUAGAACGUAAUAAGGUUGUCCUUGUGACAGUUCUCCCUAGAGAGCCAUGUUGGUCCAUCAAUAAGAUUUUAGACUACUUUUUG